CCUUUCCUCGACUGUACCCAUCAAUGCUUAUGCCCAUUCCUCUCCCUUGCUCUGUAGUAUUAAUUCUAACUCACUACUUUGCCUUUCUCAUGAAAGUUUUAUGAUUUUCUGCCAGUAGAUAAAUCUUCUCAUGCGUUUUUGUCUUUCCUUCUUGAUUUGGAUUUGUUAUUUCUUUUAUGGUUGCCGACACGAAAGGUUUGUUCUUCUUGACUUUGUGUUUUGUUUACCGAACUUUCUCAUUGUGUUAGAUGAACAACUCAAAGACGGAGCUAACAAGAAGAAAGCUAGAACACACAAAGACAAAACUCAGGUCCUGUUUGGUGAGAAUAGCUGAGUUAUUGAACCAAGAAAGUCUACUUAUUCUUUUGGAGCAAGAAGCUGACUGACUAAAAAAAAUGGUGGGAAGCAUCGAGGCCAAGAGCCUGUUAUCAAAAUGUUCUGCUCAACACAAUGGUCUCAACUUGGAGGAUAAGCUUGAUGAGUUUCGUCGUCUUCUUGGAAAAUCAGACAAAGAUCCGUUAAGGAUUGUAAGCGUUGGAGCUGGUGCUUGGGGAAGUGUCUUUGCAGCUCUUCUCCAAGAAAGCUACGGAGGUUUCAGGGAGAAGUUUCAGAUCAGGAUAUGGAGAAGACCCGGUAGAGCUGUUAGUAGAUCAACAGCUGAGCAUUUGUUCGAAGUGAUCAAUUCUCGGGAAGAUGUCCUGAGGAGACUGAUAAGACGCUGCGCUUAUCUGAAAUACGUCGAGGCAAGACUCGGUGAUAGGACGCUCUAUGCAGAUGAGAUAUUGAAAGACGGGUUUUGUCUUAACAUGGUUGACACGCCGCUUUGCCCUCUCAAGGUUGUGACAAACCUGCAAGAAGCUGCGUGGGAUGCUGAUAUUGUUGUUAAUGGAUUACCUUCGACUGAGACACGACAAGUGUUUGAAGAGAUUAGCAAGUAUUGGAAAGAGAGGAUCACAGUUCCUAUUAUUAUCUCUCUGUCUAAGGGUAUUGAAACUGCUCUCGAGCCAGUUCCACAUAUCAUUACUCCAACAAAGAUGAUCCAUCAAGCAACUGGUGUGCCGAUUGAGAAUGUACUCUAUCUUGGUGGACCAAACAUUGCUGCUGAAAUUUACAACAAGGAAUAUGCUAAUGCUAGAAUCUGUGGAGCUGAGAAAUGGAGGAAACCACUAGCAAAGUUCUUAAGACAACCUCAUUUCAUUGUUUGGGACAAUAGUGAUCUUGUGACACAUGAAGUAAUGGGAGGUCUCAAGAAUGUGUACGCCAUUGGAGCUGGUAAGUGUCUGCAUGUACACAAGGACUCGAGGGAUUUUACCUUGGCUUUGAUCCUUCUCCUCUUGUUCUUUUUUUCAGGAAUGGUGGCAGCGCUUACUAACGAGAGCGCUACAAGCAAAUCAGUGUACUUUGCUCAUUGUACAUCUGAGAUGAUAUUCAUAACUCAUUUACUAGCAGAAGAACCUGAGAAACUUGCAGGACCUUUGCUAGCUGACACUUAUGUGACCUUGUUGAAAGGGCGUAACGCCUGGUAUGGUCAGAUGCUUGCUAAAGGAGAAAUAAAUAGAGACAUGGGUGAUAGUAUAAGCGGAAAGGGAAUGAUUCAGGGUGUUUCUGCAGUGGGAGCGUUUUAUCAACUGCUUAGUCAGUCCAGCCUAAGUAUAUUGCAUUCUGAAGAGAAGAAACCUGUGGCUCCGGUUGAAUCAUGUCCUAUUUUGAAAACACUCUACAAGAUACUCAUCACAAGAGAACAAUCAACACAAGCGAUUCUGCAAGCAUUAAGGGAUGAAACACUGAAUGACCCAAGAGACAGGAUUGAGAUUGCACAGAGCCAUGCAUUCUACAGGCCUUCCCUUCUAGAUCAGCCUUGAUUAGUCUGUCAUGGCUCAUAAUCCGAACUUCUAAGAUCUUACUUGUGCAAACUGCAGAUUCUGCUAUGUUAAACAUCAUGUCUUAAAAUUGAUUGUUGUUCAGUUUCUUGAGUCGUCAUAAUCUUUGUACUGUAUCUUUCUCUUUAUGGCUUUUUUUUUACUAAGAAAAUAUCAACUUCAAUAUACCAAUAAGCAAUUCUACUUUA